AAGUAAAGUGUCAUAGCGAGAAGCAAGACGCGCAGCCAUGCUAAAACACACGUACGAUGCAGCGACCAGUGUCCAAGACCAAAAUGCACCACCAGCAAAAAUCGCAAAAUCAAUUUCCGUUUGUGAAUACUGCGACAAGGAGUUCACUACUCGAGGUAUUCCCCUCCACCAGAAGAAAUGCACCAAGAAACAAGCGCAUGACAAAGCCGCAGCUAAGAAGACUCGCUCCUACAAGUUUAGUGUUAUUAACGAGGACGUCCAUGAAGAAAUCCUCUCAUUCCUGAGCAACCAGACACUCACCAAGAUGCAGAUGAUCAUUGGCGACCGCUACGAACAGUGUGAACCUGAAUUGGCGAGAUACUGUUGCAAGUGCGAGAACGACAACCCAGCCAUUUUUAGUGGAAUGUGCCGGCAAUGCGAGUCGGAUUGCCAUCGUUAUCGUUUUGAACUCGCAGACAAGAGGAUGGCACUGGAAAAAUAUGGAAUAACGAAGAAAGAUUUAUACUCCAUCCCGCAGAUUUGUGGCAAGCGAUAUGACCCGAUUCGACUUGAAAAUUACAUGAUUGAGAAGUGUGGAUCGAAAAUGGAGUGGGUGAGGUAUCUUGCCAAGAGGGACGUGAGAAGAAAGAAGGCUCGUGCAACACGGAAGCGCAACAAAGAGGAAGGCGAUGUUUUUCCGAAUUCACGAUACAGGGUUCGCCGGAUUGGUGUGUAGCUAUGCG